AUGCAUUUCGAAAGAGUUGGACCUGGUUUUCACUACAAUUUAAACGACAAAACCGUCUUGGAAGCAGCACAAGAAACAAUUAAUGGCGGCUUGGCUGCAGGUGGGAAAGCAUUGACGGUUGUUGGAAGCAUAUCCACCUUUCUGGCAAGUGGUCCAGGGAUAUGUUUGUCCUUGUUAUUGGGUGCGGUCGUGUUGGCAGUUAUCAUGAAAGUAUAUAGUAUUAGUGUUUCUGGUAUACCACUACUGUUUAUAAAAACUGUCGCAAAAUUUAAUGAUCCACUGCGUACACAUGAUAUGUUUUUAAAAGCAGCAAAAUUAUCGGAGUCGCGUGCUCAUCCUGGACAAAUCGCCAUUGUAGUAGAUGAAUAG